AGCGUGGCUGCAGCAUGCGUACUUGUUUUGAUUGAGUAGCGCUGUCACAUUCCCGCGUGAGAUGUCGCGAAUCGUCGUGAAAAACCUUCCCAAAAAGAUCAAAGAAGAACGGCUGCGGGAGUUCUUCUCCACGAAAGGGACGGUGACCGAUCUGCAGCUGAAGUACACGAAAGAAGGUGUCUUCCGACGCUUCGCCUUCGUGGGAUUCAAAGAUGAGGCCCAGGCCGCUGCUGCCAAGGAGUACUUUAAUAAUUCGUACCUGGACACUUCCAAGCUUCAGGUGGAGAUCUGUGCAGCACUGGGUGAUGAGCAGAAGCCCCGCUCGUGGAGCAAGUACUCUGCCGACAGUUCGGCCUACCAGCGGCUUCACCCUGAGACGAGGAAGCCCAAGCCAGUCAAGGAGAAGUCACCAAGGAAAAACUUUGCUGACGAGUUCUUAAAAGACCUGGAAGGCAAUGAGGAGUUCGAAGAGUUCCUCAAGGUGCAUGGGACGCACAACAAGGUCACCUGGGACAAUGACACGCGCGCUCCGAAUGCUGACGGAGAUGCGAAGAAAGCGAAGCCAGCCAAGGCAGUUCCGCCUUCCAAAUCAGAAGACGAAGAUGGGGACGAUGCUGAUGAAGAGGAACCUAAAGAUAACUUCGACAAGGCUCCAGCUAGUAGUAAGGCUAAGAAGAAUGACAAGCAGCAACCGGUUCCGCAGCAGAAGCAAAAGCCCAAGCUACCAGUACAAGAGUUUGCCUACACGUUGAAAGUCAAGGGACUUCCAUACAAUUGCAAAAAGAAACAAAUCAAGGACUUCUUCAAACCUGCCAAAGUGGCCAGCCUGCGACUUCCACCGAAGGUCAGAGGCAUUGCCUACCUGGGUUUCAAGAAGGAACAAGACAUGAAGCAGGCACUAAACAAGCAUCACAGCUUCAUGGCUGGACAUAGGUUAGAUGUCACAAAAUAUGCAAAGCAAGUGGUCCCUGAGAAAAAAUGGCGGCAGUUUGAAGACUUGGGUAACCCCCAGGAGACACUGGCAGAUACUGGGCGAAUUUUUAUUAGAAACCUGUCCUACACAAUCACUGAAGAGGAGCUGGAGGAACUCUUCAAAAAAUAUG